AUGUCGACCCAAGAGACUGAGGCCUCCCCCUUUCGACCACCGAUUCUUGGACGAGUCAAUACAUCCAACAGGGAUUUCAACGCAAAGGCCGAAGUUUGCAAUGAUGGCCGGGCGACUAUUCGUUUUAGGAAUUUGAGCACCAAGGCAGCAAAACUUUCAAAACGUUUCGAAAAACGAACUCCUCAUCAACUUCCUUUUGGGGAGAAUCUAACCCGGAACAAUAGGAAAUAUGAAAGUCACCUCCAAUCCAUACUUGGAGCAUGCUCUGAGCUCCCUCAUCUUAACAUUGCAAUCCAUAUCGUCGGGUCAAGAGGGGAUGUGCAACCUUUCAUUCCCGUUGCUCAGAUUCUUUCCAAGCCUCCUUACUCGCACCGCGUGAGAAUAUGUACACAUCCCAUAUUCAAAGAUCUCGUCGAAGAGAAUGAACUAGAGUUCUUUUCCAUUGGUGGUGAUCCUGCCACUUUAAUGGCGUAUAUGGUAAAGAACCCUGGGCUUAUGCCCGGAAUCGAGAGCUUGAAAGCCGGGGAUGUGGGGAAACGAAGAUCAGACAUGUCUACGAUAAUGGAGGGAUGCUGGAGGAGUUGUAUUGAAGAGGGAAAUGGAAUGGGUGGUGAAUCGAAAGUUGAUGGAUCGCGCAGGAGUGCUACAGACGUAGAUCGGCUUUUCAUCGCCGACGCGAUUAUUGCAAAUCCUCCCAGCUACGCUCAUAUCCAUAAGUCAUGA